AUGUCAGGUAAAGGCGCGAAGGGUUUGAUAAUGGGCAAAAGCCCAGCCAUCAACAAAGACAAAGACAAGGACAAGAAGAAACCUAUCUCUCGUUCUUCUCGAGCUGGCCUUCAGUUCCCAGUUGGUCGAAUUCACCGUCUUUUGAAGUCAAGGGUUUCAGCUAAUGGAAGAGUUGGUGCAACAGCUGCUGUAUACUCUGCCGCUAUCUUGGAGUAUCUGACUGCAGAAGUGUUGGAGCUUGCAGGUAAUGCAAGCAAAGAUUUAAAGGUGAAGCGUAUAACACCCAGACACUUGCAGCUUGCAAUUCGUGGUGACGAAGAACUCGACACCCUGAUCAAAGGAACAAUAGCCGGUGGUGGCGUGAUCCCUCACAUUCACAAGUCUCUCAUCAACAAGUCCACCAAGGACUAG